UCCUUCCCGUUGUCGCUCACUCGGCUGGAGAAACACGCGUUUUAUCCACCGGCCUGCGGUCAUACCGACAAAAAAAAAAAAAAAAAAGAAGACAAAAACACAGCAAACUUGUUGAGGGAUUCACUUUGUUUAUAGCUUGACAGCUACACCUUUUACUGAGGAAGAUGUCCAAGAAGAUCUCCCAGUGCUCUGUAAAGAACCAAUCGGAGCAUGAACAGCCUCCCAGCCAUAGUCAGUUGGAUCAGAACACAAAGGCAGUCCUGGGAUGUAGGAAAACGUCAGAACCAAGCCAGAGAAAUGGGGAGACAACCUCUUCGUCUCCAGAGAGUGGGAGCUUGAAUGGAAAUGGGAAGCGCAGUGGGAAAAGCCGUCGCCGCAGAAAACGUUCUUCUAAUCCUGGUAGCCACCAUGAGGGAAAGGUGGAUGAAGUGAAAGAUAAAGAGGAGCCUGAUGAACGUACCAGCCAGUCACAUGACCAUCAGGCUGUGUUGAUGGGCUUGCAGUCGGAGUGUGGCAGUGUCUGGUUUGAGCGCAACAUCUAUGAGCAGGCUGAGAGCCUCUACCAGUGCUGGUUGGUGAGCUCUAACCGGACCUCCAAGCCCAACCGUUUACAUCAACCCUCAGGGAAACAUUCAACCCCUCUGUCUGCUGUGACUCCAUCUACCUCAGGACUGACUUGUCACCAUGGUGAUCAGAUGGCUUGCCACCAUGUAAUGGAGGAAGUGUGGGUAAACAAGAUGACUUUUGACCAAGCAGAGCGCCGCUUUGCUGAAGAAUCCGCUCCCCCAUCAGUUCCAAACUCCCUUGACCUCCCAGCCCCGACUAACCGCUGCAGCGCCUCCAGAACACCUGAUGAAGGUUAUCAGUCUCAAGCUCCAACUCCUGCAACGCCUGUCGUCCAACAGGCAGCCGGCUCGCCAACUGCUCGGCAGUCGAUUAACGGGCUGCCUCGCAUCCCGGUGGAGCUGCUGAGGGAAGUGUGGCUCGACAAACCUCUGUACGAUCGCGCCGAAGCAGCCUUUUACCAGAACCUGUAUGCUAACAAUUCCUCCAAGAGGCAAAUCUGCACCUCCACCACCAGAGGUAGCGACCACCCUCAAAGUCUCAUGGAAGAGGAAGAAGAGGAGGACGAGGAUGAUGCCGCGGAGGAGGAGAAACGGCUGGUCCUGCAGUGUAAAGCGGAAGUCUUUCAUGCCCUUCACCCGAUUCAGGAGGAAGAGGAACCAGCUGAGCUCCACGAGAUGGAAGAAACUUCAGGAGUGUGCUUUUUCUUUCACUCGGACAGCGAGCCGGUGUGGCUGGACAAGUGGCGUUACGAUGCUGCAGAGAGUCGUUUUCACAGCAGCGGUUCGGAUAAAGUCUGCGCGGUGAAGAAGAAUCGGAGGCCGGAGGCAGAAAAGCCGUCAGCUGCCUCCAAGACGCCAAAAAGGGACAAAAAAAUGAGCUCAGUGGACUUCUUGGGUCAGGAGAAGAUCUGGUUUGAGAAGCCUCGUUACGAUGAGGCAGAACGACGCUUCUAUGAGCGAAUGAACGGCUCGUCGCAGGAUGUUGGAGCAAACGCCAUCCUGCAGGACAUCGCUCGAGCUCGGGAGAACAUCCAGAAAUCUCUAGCCGGGCUGAAGAAUGCGCUGUGUAACAAAGAGGCUUCCCAAGCUUCCUUGACCCAACAGUCCCAUCCUAGCACCGGCAGCAGCAACAGUGCAGCUGAUCAAGGAGAACUCAUUUCUCGCAUCCAAAGCCUCGAGCUGGAGAACCAGAGUUUACACAAAGUGGUAGGCGACCUACGAGCAGCACUCUCCAAGCUGGAAUGUCGAGUUGCCGUUCUUGAGAAAUCUCCAGCAUCAGUGACCCCAGCACCUGCUCCCUCCGUCCUCUACACAAAUGGCACUGCUGUCCAGCAGAAGGCCAGUGUCCCAGUUAAACAGGAUGAAGAUGAUGACGAUGAUAUUGACCUGUUUGGUAGUGAUGAAGAUGAAGAGGCAGAUAAACUUAAAGAGCAGAGGUUGAAGGAAUACGCAGAAAGGAAGGCAAAGAAGCCUGCCGUCAUCGCUAAGUCCUCAAUAUUACUGGAUGUUAAACCUUGGGACGAUGAGACGGACAUGGCGAAGCUGGAGGAGUGCGUGCGCUCGGUGCAGGCAGACGGUCUGUUAUGGGGAACAUCCAAACUGGUUCCUGUGGGUUACGGCAUCAAGAAGCUCCAGAUCGCAUGCGUGGUGGAGGACGACAAGGUGGGAACAGACUUGUUGGAGGAGGAGAUCACCAAGUUUGAAGACUAUGUUCAAAGUGUGGAUGUAGCAGCCUUCAACAAGAUCUGAUUCAGCAGCAUCUCUUCCUCUUUUCAUCGCUCCCUGUUUCUCUGCUGAUCGUGUCAACUGUUGACAAUAAAACAAAUUCUUGCACUGAAGUUAUUGUGUUAUGAGGUCAAUAAAGUGCUAAAGAAAAUGUA